GAAAUAAGACAACCAAAAUCAGAAGCAGCGAAACUGAUAAUCCCAGACUUCCAUGGCCAUCCUCACUGAAUUACCAGAAGAACAAGAAGCGGCAGUAACAUAUGAUGUUUUCCUGAGUUUCAGAGGGAAAGACACUCGACUAGGUUUUAUGGAUCAUCUCUACCAAGCUUUGGUGAACGAAAACAUCUCUACCUUUCUUGAUGAGGAAGAGGUUGAAACUGGGGAAGAACUUAAACCCGAGCUUGCAAGAGCUAUAAAAAGCUCUCGUGCGUCGAUAAUCGUCUUGUCUAGAAACUACGCAACUUCAACAUGGUGUCUGGAUGAGCUGGUGAUGAUCUUAGAGCAACGAAAGGUCUCUGAGCAUAUUGUUCUCCCCAUUUUUUACAACGUCGAGCCGACAUAUAUCAGGAAGCAAGAAAGCACUUUUGGAGAAGCGUUAUUUGAACACAAACAGAGGAUUGAGUCCGAAAAGGAUGUGGAGAAGAAAACUCAAGGUGCUCGUAAGUUGGAGAUGUGGACGAAAGGACUUACAGAGAUUGCUGAUUUGAAAGGAAAAGAUGCAACUGGAAGAAGAGAAACGGUGGUGAUUGAAGAAGUUGUGAAAGAAAUUAGUACUAGACUGGAACUACACUUGCAAAGGAGAAUCCCACACCUAAUUGGGAUGGAUGAUUCUAUUGAUACCAUCAGUUCCUGGUUAAAAAGAGGAUCUUCGGAAGCUGCUGAAAUUCUCACAAUUUGGGGAAUGCCCGGGAUCGGAAAAACAACAUUGGCAAAACAUAUGUAUAUGUUGCACUGCCAUGAAUUUGAAAGAAGUAGCUUUGUUGAAGGCAUUGGAAGAAUAUGUGCACAACAGACAUGUUGGCAACUAGAUUUGCAAAAACAGCUUCUUGGAGACAUUCUCAAGAAAAGAAAUAUUGAAGAACAUGAUGCAGAUCGGUGCACAUCUAAGGUUGAAAAGGCAUUAUCUAGGAAAAAGACACUUUUAGUUCUUGAUGAUGUUGAUAACUUUGAGCAACUGGAUGUGUUGAUUGGAACAAAAGGUAUUCAUCCAGGAAGCAAGAUUAUAGUAACAACCAAAGAUGGCUCCUUAACAGAAAAGUGUUCAUUGUUUCGUAUGAAAUUUCCUCCAAAACAUACAAAGCUUGCACUUCAUGGCUUAAGUGACACUGCAUCUAUGAGACUUUUAUGUUGGCAAGCAUUUGGAAACAAUGAUCCCAAGAAAGGUUAUGAGAAAGAAGCACAACAACUUGCAGAGUAUUGUGGAGGACAUCCAUUGGCUCUUAAAGUUUUGGGUAGUUCAUUAAUUAAUAAAGAUGCAUCCAUAUGGAGUGAUGUCCUUGAAAUGUUGGAGGCAAAAGGAUAUUUAACUGAUGUACAAGAAAGUGUACAAAAGGCUCUGCAAAUUAGCUUUGAUUCUUUAUCAGGGGACUGCAAAGAACUUUUUAAGCACAUUGCUUGCUUUUUUGUUGGAAAAGAAAGAGAAGUUACAGAAACAAUAUUAAGGGAAUGUGGGUUUCAAACAUCAUAUGGGAUCAACAAGCUCAUUGAUAGAUGUCUUCUCACAAUUGGAGGAAGAAAUGAGUUGAGGAUGCAUCAAUUGCUUCAAGAGAUGGGGAGAGAUUUAGUCCGCAAAGAAUCACCUGAAAAGCCAUGGAAGCAUAGUCGUGUAUGGAAACAUGAGGAGUCCCUCGAUUUGUUGAAAAAGGACAAGGGUACCCAAAGAAUUCAAGGUCUUAUCCUUGACACGAACUUAUUGAGAAAGGAGCAUAACUUCCAAAAUGAUGACGUGAACAAGAGUUUUAGAGCUGAUCAACCAAUCCAGAUGGUUUAUGAGUUCUUUCUAAGGAUUUGGUUGUUUUUUGCUCGGCUUCUCCUAAUGCUUUCAUCUUCUCAUUGCAAAAAGAUCAGAAGAUACGGAUACAGGAUUCAUACAGAUUUUCUCCUCCAAAGAAAGACCCAGUCCAGAUGAUUUAUGAAUUUGGAAUAUUUAACACAUGUUUUCCUGGGAAAGCAGUUCCAGAUUGGCUACCUCAUAAAAGCAAGGGUUCAUCAAUAUCAAUAUCAAUAGCCAUGACAUCGUCUUCAAUGAAUAAAUCGAUACAAGGAAUAAAUAUAAGCUUUUUGCAUACAUUUCGAGACACAAAAAAUUUAAGUCAUUUAAGAAUAAAAGUAGAGAAUGUGACAACAAAUCGCACCUGGAUAUAUUAUGGUCAUAUAUAUGCUGUGGGAGAAACUGAUGAAGAUGUAGUAUGGUUAAGUCAUUGGAUGUUUGGGGAGAAUGAGAUUAAAAAAUGGUGAUCAAGUUUGUGUUACAAUAUUAGAAAAUCCUUUGAGAAAUAAUGGAGUAAUGGUAAGAGAGUGUGCAAUCAGUCCUGUGUAUGUGUAUAAUACUGAUAAGGACAAUGAAGAGGAUCAUUUGAGUUAUUACAAGUCGUGGGAACAUAUUAUUGGUGAUGAUCUGUCCGCUUUUCAAUUACCCUCAGGAGAUUACUUUCUAAGCAAUUAUCGUUUUAUUUAUCCUACCCUUGUAUUUAAAAGACCUCUGCAAUUAUAAACUAAUUUUCUAAAGGUACACACUUAAUUUAAAAAUAUUUUUCCAUUUCCAAAUUUUAAUAGGUAAACUAAUGAGAUUAAUUAUUGCUCCUUAACAUUGAAUAUUGAUGAACU